AUGAAGUUCGCAAAGGAGCUUGAUCAGGACGCUGUCCCAGAAUGGCGCGUCAAGUACCUAAAUUACAAAGCCGGCAAGAAGCACGUCAAAGCAGUCACACGAGCUAUCAGCCGCGCUAAUGCCUCGCCGAUACUCGCGAGAAAAGGGACCGCAACCCCCGUUGGAACGCAACAACCCCGGGGCAACACCCCGGCGUCCUUUUUCGGUAUCAGCCACCAUUUCACGCCACCUCGAAAGACCGACGAUGGACAGCGCCUAUACGGGUCCCAGUCCCCGGCCACGAAGCAGCAAGGGGGUGAACGUUUGGGACUAGCGGGAAGCCCCGGGAGCGGCAUUCGUUAUGGAAGUAUCGGGCCGUCGGCGUCUCGGGGAAGAGCCGCUUCGUAUGCGAGCGGGAGGCAUGAUUUCGCGCUCCCCGCGCCGGCCAUCAAGGUCCCGUCGAACUCGGAGAGUGGGGACAGGGACGGGGACACCGGCCCGACGUCGGGACCCCUCCCACGCAGUGCGUCGAUGGCAGCCUCUGCGCAAAUCUACCAGCGCUCUCCGUCUUUUCCCAUGCUUCCGUCCGCUGGGCCGCCUGCCACACCCCGUCAGCGACUGACCCGGCUCUUCUCAGCUGGUUCGGAGGUGCCCCGACGCAGCCCUAGCAAGGCGGAUAUUGGGAUGCAGAACCUGGAUUAUGUCCGGGCGGCGGAGCGCGACUUCUUUGCGUUUCUGGAUGGGGAGCUGGACAAGAUUGAGACGUUUUACCGGGAGAAGGAGGAGCAGGCGACAGAUCGCUUGGCAGCACUACGGGCGCAGCUGCACGAGAUGCGGAACCGGCGGACGGCUGAGAUCGCGGAGUCGAAGCGUAGGAGAGAAGAGAACCGUGACAAUGGCCAUACCGGCGAUGAUACCCCAGCACGGCCCGAGGACGCCCACCACCACUGGAUCGACCCGAUCAAAGACCGGCUGCUCAAACCCGGGCCCAACUCGAAAGCACUCACGAAAAUGACCCGGACGCCCGUCAUGACCGGCCAGGUCGGUGGCGGCGGCGGCGGCGACCCAGGGAAGGAUUACGUACGCCGGCCGUCGGCUGCCGUCCACGACGUGCCCUACCGCACGGCAAAGCGGAAACUGAAGCUGGCGCUGCAGGAGUUCUACCGCAGCCUGGAACUGCUCAAGUCGUACGCGCUGCUGAACCGGACUGCGUUCCGCAAGCUCAACAAGAAAUACGACAAGGGAGUCAACGCCAAGCCGCCGUACCGGUACAUGAACGAGAAGGUGAACAAGUCGUGGUUUGUCAACAGCGACAUUCUCGACGGACACAUCCGCACGGUCGAAGACCUGUACGCGCGUUACUUUGAGAGGGGGAACCACAAGAUCGCAGCCGGCAAGCUGCGGGCACUGCACAAGAGCCGCGGGGACUGGUCCGGCAGCGCGUUCCGCAGUGGGCUGAUGAUCGGUGUCGGAGCGGUGUUUGCCGUUCAGGGGCUGUCCUUCGGCUCGGAGAUUCUGUUUAGUAACGAGAGCCCGACCCUUAUCGAACAGACGAGCUAUCUGCUGCAGCUGUACGGGGGGUAUUUUCUUGUCUUGCUGCUGUUCACGCUGUUUACCCUGGACUGCCGGAUCUGGUUGAAGAACAAGGUCAAUUACCCCUUCAUCUUUGAGUUUGAUGCGCGCAACUUUCUGGACUGGAAGCAAGUGGCUGAGUUUCCGGCCUUCUUUUUUGCCUUGUUUGGCGUCUGCAUCUGGCUCAAUUUUGCGAGGGUGGGUAAUUGGGAGGAGUUGUAUCUGUAUUAUCCUGUCAUUUUGAUCGGGAUAUCGCUUGUUAUCAUCUUUCUCCCGGUGCCUAUUUUGCACCACAAGGCGAGGACAUGGUUUCUGUACUCUCACUAUCGGCUGCUGCUAUCUGGGCUGUACCCGGUCGAGUUUAGGGACUUCUUCCUCGGUGAUAUCUGGUGCUCAUUAACCUACGCAACCUGUAACAUCGAGCUCUUCUUUUGCCUGUACGCCAACAGCUGGAACAACCCCAGCCAGUGCAACUCGACACACUCGCGUCUGCUCGGCUUCUUCAACGCGCUGCCGCCCAUCUGGCGUGCGUUGCAGUGUGUCCGUCGUUAUCGCGAUACGCGCAAUGUGUUUCCGCACCUGGUGAACUGCGGCAAGUACGGCAUGACUAUCCUGACGGCGGUUUUGCUUAGUGUGUACCGCAUGAGCGAUAGCAAGACCAACAUUAGCUUGUUUAUUGCGUUUGCCACUGUCAACGCGGUGUACUGCUCUAUCUGGGAUCUAUUCAUGGAUUUCUCCCUCCUACAAGCAGGCGCCCACCGCAGGCUCCUCCGCAACAUCACAGCCAUCCGCCCCGUCUGGAUCUACUACGCCAUCAUGAUCAUCGACCCCAUCCUCCGCUUCAGCUGGAUCUUCUACGCCAUCUUCACCCAUCGCACCCAGCACAGCACCAUCGUAUCCUUCCUCGUCGGCCUCGCCGAAGUCUUCCGCCGCGGCAUGUGGACGCUCCUCCGCGUCGAAAACGAGCACUGCGCCAACGUCGCCCAGUACAAAGCCUCCCGCGACACCCCGCUUCCUUACCGUCUCGAGCAGUUCGUCCAGCGCCCCAGCAUCGAAGCCGCCGCCGCUGCUGCUGCAGCUGCCACUGUCCCAACCGUCGACGGCGCCGACGCCGAGACCGCUAAACUCACACUCACCCCCGGGAUCCCCGGAACCCCGGCCCCGUCGUCCCUCCGUCCCCCGGCCACAGCAACCUCCGCCGCGACGACCACCGCUCCUUCACGCAGCGACACAGGCGCCCUCCUCCCACCCCCAACUACCCCUUCCCCCGGCCGAACAACAACUGGUCCAACCGCCCCAGUCCCAGCUCCAACUACCCUCGAAUCCGGCACCGCCACAUCCACAGCCACCACCACCGGCGCAACACUCCCCCGCAGCACCAGCGGCGUUAAUGUCUUCCGCAACCGCCGCAGUUCCACAGUCGGCAAGCGCUCCAUCCUCCAAGCCAUGGCUGAGGCGCACAAGCAGGACUUUGAAAAACGCCGGCGGCCGGGGACUGGUACCGCCGCUGGUGCUGGUGGUGCGGGCGGGGAUACUGCAGAUGGGGAGGGUGCUGGUGCGGGUGAGGAGGAGGAUGGGGUGGAGGGGAGUGAGGAGGGGGGUGAUAUAGCCGAGGAUGAGGAUAAAGAUGUGGUUGAGGAUGAAGCUGGUCCUCCCGGGGGGAAGAAGAAUGGGAAGGGACGGGCGGGAAAGGAGGAGGAGGAGGAUAGGAUUGGGGAGGUGGUGAAGGAGGAAACGGACGAUGAUAACGACGAAGGGGGGGUGAUGAUGGGUCAGGAUCAGGGCGGAGGGGUGAGCAAGAAGGGGUCAGGGAAGAAGUAG